GGAAAUAGUGUCUCAAAAAAUUAGUAGCUCGAGGAUCAACCAAAAAAACAGAAAAAAACAACUACGUAGCAGAUAAGGCUGAAGGUCUCUACCAAGGUUAUCUUAGAAUAAGAGUUAGGGAUAAAAGAUGAAAAUACCUACGGACCAUCAGAAGUAUGGGAUCGUUAUAGAUUCUGGUUCAUCAGGAUCACGAAUUCAGAUUUAUCGUUGGGAAGAUCAAGAGUAUACUAAGAAAAGCAAUAAAGACAAGAAAGUAUUGUCUUCACCACCUAAAAUUGUUCAAGAAAAGGGCUGGACAUAUAAGAUUACUCCUGGGAUUUCAACUUUUGGAGAGCCAAACAAGGUUAAGAAAAUAUGGACAGAUCAUUAUUCAGAAUUGAUGAAAUUUGCAGAGGGUAUUAUUCCUGCUGAAAAACACAAUGAAACUCCAGUAUAUGUUUUGGCAACUGCAGGAAUGAGGUUGUUACCUCCUAAGAAACAGAAGAAAAUCUUGAAAGAAACCUGUUCAAGCCUCCAGAAGAAUACCAAGUUUUAUAUACCUAAUUGUAAAGAUUUUGUUCAAAUAAUAGAUGGUGAGACCGAAGGAAUAUAUGGAUGGUUAGGUCUUAAUUAUUUAAUGGGUCAGUUUAAUGAAUAUGAUGCAUCUAGAGAGGAACAUGAAUCGAUUGGAUUUAUGGAUAUGGGCGGUGCAUCAACCCAAAUUGCAUUUGUUCCAUCGUCAUUAGAAGAAAUUAAGAAACAUGAUGAUGAUUUAUCUAAAGUUACUCUUAGAAAUGUUAAUGGUCAAACUCAAAAAUGGAGUGUCUUUGUUGAAACUUGGUUGGGAUUUGGAGCUAACGAAGCAAGAAGAAGAUAUUUGAAACAAUUGAUUAAUUUAUCAUUAACAAAUCCUAUACUUGGUACUGAGAUUAAUGACCCCUGUUUACCCAAAGGUGCUAGCAUCAAGUAUGAUAAUGAUGGUACUACAUAUGACAUUCAAGGCUUAGGAAAUUAUGAAAUGUGUAUAAAAGAGAUCUAUCCUCUUUUAAUGAAAAAUGUUCCAUGUAAGGAUACUCCAUGUUUGUUUAAUGGUAUCCAUGGACCAAAAUUAAACUUUGAUAAGGAUAAAUUCGUUGGGAUUUCUGAGUACUGGUACACAGCCAAUGAUGUUUUUCAAACUGGUGGUGAAUAUAAUUUUCAAAUAUUCAAUGAAAGGGUAAAAGAAUACUGUGAAAGUGAUUGGUCCCUGAUAUUGUCAAACUCUGAAAAGGGCCAAUAUUCGAAUUUGGAUCCGGAAAAGUUUUUGAAAGAUGCUUGUUUCAAGGCAAGUUGGGUCAUAAAUGUCCUUCAUGAUGGGUUUGAAUUACCAAGAUUAGGGUUAGAUGUUUCUGAAGAUACUAACGCUAGUCAAGAAAAAGAAAUGGAAAAAUUGAAGAAUACUCAUGUGCCUUUCAAAUCAGCAAAUUCUGUUAACGGUGAUGAAUUAUCAUGGACUUUAGGUAAAAUAUUAUUAUUUGCAUCUUCCCAAAUCACAGGGGACUCUAAAAAAGACAUGAAUAUAGGUAUAUACCCAAGUGAGAUAUCUGGUAAAGAGUUUGUACCGGGUGGUAUCAUUGGCUCCUCGGCACAUGACAGUGAUGAUGAUGACGACGAUCAUGGAGUUGGUUUUGGCCAUAUUAUCUAUUCAAUUAUUUUUAUAUUUCUUUUGUUCUUCUUCAUUUAUCAUUUUGGAAGAUCUCAUUUGAACAAGUAUGUUUUCAAAUCUAGAAGAUUCCGCAUACCCAAGCCUUUUAAACAGCAAGUGUCUAAAGCGGUUUCAAAAAUCCCUGGAUUGAAUAAGUAUUUCAAGAACAUUAUACCUUAUAACAGCUUAUCGGAGCAGGACACAAUGAAUAUACAUUUAGAAGAAGGUAUCAUGCCUUCAGCAUCAACAAGUCCAACGCAAAGUCCAAAUCUAGCUGGAUUGAGAACAAGAUCCAAUAUAAAUUUAGCAGAUCCUAGUGAUCUUAGCGAUGAUUAUGGUAAUCCAUCUCGAAACUUUGGAUUUUUGAAUAAACCAUUUGUGGUUCCGAAAAAGACCCCAUCCGGUUUCUAUUAUAGUAACAACAACAGCAGAGACUCUCUACAUCGAGUUUCUAGUAAUAGCUCAAUGAGUAAUAAACUUAGGAAUGUCGAUUGAAAAAGACUAUUUAUGUUUGUGAAAAUGGCCGCAAAAAAUGAAUUUUCAGAAACAGAACAAAAAAUUUAAAAUCAUCUAGCAUUGAUAGACUUUAU